AAUAAAUAUUAAAAUAAUUAGGCAACCAAUAAAUAGAAAUUUCAGAUAAAUGAAAAAAUAUAAACUAAUUUAUUUUUAUAUAGAUAAGAAACUAUCACAGAAUUUAUGAUUAUUUUAUUAGUUGUGCAUCUGUCAUGUUAAAGAUCGUCUGAUAUAUAUAUAUAGGUUAAGAUUCAUAUCAACUUCAAUAAACAACACGCUGUAGUUUUAGACAAUUUUUUUACUAAGUUUGAAAAAAUAAUUUUAAAAUUAUGGAAACAAAAGCUUACGAUGCUGAACAUUUCACUGAAGAACAUUCAAAAGAAGGUGGGACAAAGUUGAAAAAAAAGCCGGUUUGUAUUAUUGUUCUUGGAAUGGCAGGCUCUGGAAAAACAACAUUUGUUCAGAAAACUGUGGCAAAACUUUAUGAAGUUAACAAACCUUAUGUAAUAAAUUUAGAUCCUGCUUGUAGAGAAGUACCAUAUAUUGCGAAUAUUGAUAUCAGGGACACCGUCAAUUACAAAGAAGUAAUGAAACAAUACGCCUUGGGACCAAAUGGAGCAAUAGUGACAACACUAAAUUUAUUUUCUACAAAAUUUAACAAAGUUAUUGAACUUAUUGAAAAGGCCGGAGAAGAAUAUGAUUAUGUUAUUCUUGAUACACCUGGUCAGAUUGAAGUUUUUACAUGGUCUGCAAGUGGGACAAUAAUCACAGAAGCAUUAGCUUCACAAUUUCCUACAGUUGUCGUUUACAUAAUGGAUACUGUUAGAAGUGUAAAUCCUGUUACAUUUAUGUCGAAUAUGCUUUAUGCAUGUUCGAUUCUGUACAAAACUAAAUUACCAUUUAUUGUAGUGAUGAAUAAGAUUGAUAUUGUUGAACACAGUUAUGCAGUGGAAUGGAUGCAAGAUUUUGAAGCUUUUCAAGAUGCUUUAGAAUCCGAAACUAGUUAUAUUAGUAAUUUAACAAGGAGUAUGUCUUUAACAUUAGAUACAUUUUAUAGUCAAUUAAAAAGUUGUGGAGUGUCAGCAAGAACUGGAGCUGGAAUAUCAGAAUUUUUCGAUCUUGUUCAAGAAGCACACGAAGAAUAUGAAAUCAUUUACAAAAAAGAAUGGAUAAAGUUGAAAGUAAAACAAGAAAAAGAAAAAAUUCAGUUAGCUGAAGCUGCUUUAAAAAGUCAAGGAGAAUCUUCGAUGGUUACAAAAACUCCAAUUGGUAAAGAAAUUGCGGAUGUUUAUAUUAAAACCCCUGGAGAAGAAUCAAGUGAAGAUGAAGAAGGUGAAGAAGCUAAAAAUUUAAAAGAUGAUGAAUUACAAGAAGAUUUAUCUUUUAAAAAUUUUUUAGAAAAAUAUCAACAAAAAAAAAUGAACGAAUUCCAUCCAAAAACGACAUAAAAUAACUAUUACAUAAAGAAAUAAGAUUUGAGUUAAAAAUUUAUAUUAAAUCGUACAAUUUUAAUUACAUUAAAAUUAAAAAUACACAUUUCACAAUAAUUUUUUUAUUAAAUAAAAUUA